AUGAAGUUUGAGGACGUACUUGCAGAAGUUAACGGCUUUGGAAAAUUCCAAAUAAGGACAGUCCUGCUGACAGUGAUCCCUCGUAUUUCUUUACCUCUUCACUUUUUACUCAAUAACUUCAUCGCUGCCAUCCCUCCUCACCACUGCGACAUCAGCUCUCUGGAUGAUGGAGGUAUUUUCAGGAAUUUAUCCCAGGCAGAAAGGCUUGUUGUGAGUAUACCUGUACAGGAGGAUGGGACUAAAAGCUCCUGUCAGAUGUUCACUGAGCCUCAGUAUCACCUGCUGCUCAACUCCUCCAACAUCACUGAACUACAGACUGUGCCAUGCCAGGAUGGAUGGGUGUAUGACAACUCCACCUUCAAGUCUACUCUGGCCUCAGAUGUGAGAUUUGUUUUCGUGAGAUAUGAGCAUUUAAUUAUACCAAGUAAGCCAUCUUAUUCCUGAUCUAUUUUGUGUGUUUUCUAUUCAGUGGGAUCUGGUUUGUGAUAAUAGAAGAGCGAACAAAGUCGCUGCCACCAUUUUCUUCAUGGGGGUCAUGGUUGGAGCAGCAGUGUUUGGAUAUCUCAGUGACAGGUGUUUCAGCGUUAACCAGGGGAUUUUUUCAGGUUUCAAUAUACUCACUGUCAAAAAAACUCAAAGCUCCUGUGUGAAACUUGUUGUUGACUUUGGUGUUUCAAUGAUGAUUGUCCAUAGACUCCCCUCUGGCUAUCACUUUUACAUAAGAUUUUUAAAAAAUUAUAUUAACUCAAACUCAGAAGUGAACCAUUUUUUAAGUUAAUCUUAUUUUUUCUCUCACAGGUUUGGCAGGAAAAGUAUGCUCCUGGUGUCGUACAUAGUGUCUGCCGUCUUUGGAAUUGCCAGUGCUUUUUCCUUUAACUAUACCAUGUUUGCUGUCAUGAGGUUUUUCACUGGAUUUGGAAUAUCCGGAAUAUGUUUUAUCACACUUGCCCUUUGUGAGUUAACAGUAAUGAUUUUUGAAAAAAAUAACUAGCAGAUGUGAAUUUAAGCAUGUCAUAAUUAACCUACUCUGUUCAGGGGUUGAAUGGAUGGACAUCAAGCAUCGUGCAGCAGUGAGUGUUUUUGCAAGCCUGGACUGGAGUUUUGGAAUGGCUCUUCUGUCUUUAAUGGCUUAUUCUGUGAGGGAUUGGAGGUACCUGACUGUUAUAGCAAACACUCCACUGUUUCUGGCAAUAGCCACUUGGUGGUAAGAACCAAGCUUGUUGAGAUUUCAGUGGUGCCCAUUUUUGCAGUGGGGUUUGUGAAGACUAAGACAAGAAAUCACAGGUUGACAUUUAAUGUCUUUGUCACAGGUGGGUCCCUGAAUCGGCCAGAUGGCUGAUAAGCAAUGGAAAGAUCCAAAAAGCUCAUUUUUACCUGAGAAAGUGUGCACAAGUGAAUGGCAGAGAGCAGUUCAUGGCUGUCCUGAAGCCUGAGGUAUGUUGUGUAUUAUUUCAUCAGACUGACUUCAUUCCCUUUCUGACAAAUACUAACAAAACAACAAAACCUAUGUUCACCCUUUAAAUCUGAACCCUUUUAAAGCCUUCCAUCUUUUUUUUCUUAACACACUAGAAUUUUUUUUUUUAUUUGACAAAAAUUAUAACUUGUUAGUCUGUGUGAAACUUCAUUGGAAAUGUGACUAAAGGUUGUCAUUUUUUGCAUAGAAACAAGAAUACAUUGUACAAUUAAUGAUUAUAUCUGAAAAAUUGUCUAUAAUUUUUCAUGUGAACAACAGUAUAGAAAUACAUUGAUCUAAUAAACUCUUCUUUGUAACUGACACCUGCUGCACUGUUAAAUUAUUGUUUAUAUUCACCAGGUUCUGUCCAAUGUAAUAUUGGUAGAAAAUGACAAAAGGAAAUACUCCUAUUUGGACCUCUUCAAGACCCCCAGGAUGAGAAAAGUGGCUCUACUAACUUCCACAGUGUGGUAUGUAUGUUUUUCUUUUAAAGGUCCCAUGGCAUGCCAAUUUCACACAACUUAAAAUAGUCCCCUGGUAUGUUAAAAGCAUAUCUGUGACGUCCUUCGAUCAAAAUUCGAUUUGGAUCAAUUAUUUUAGUGCUCUUUUUAUCAGCUAAAAACAGCUCCGCUCAAAAUCCUCCGUUUUGGGCCAUGUCUCUUUGAUGAAAUGAGCUGCACCUAAGCCACGUCCACUUUACACCCAUCUCUCUGGAAGGGGCUGUGGCUGUGCUCCGAUAGCCAUGUGCUAAUGUUUACAGUUGCUCGGUCAUGGCUGCAAGAAGAUUGCUCGUACAACCCUACCAGUUUGAGCCAGAAUCUGACCCAGAGGGAGAGGCUCCGGAAGAAACUCUUAGCCGCGUUCAGACCAAACGCGACUUGAAGCGACCUAGUCGACACAUCCUAUGUAUUAUUCAAAGCCGCCAGGAGUGUCACGCUUGAGGAGGAAGAUAUGAAUGUAGAAAAAAUUACAACCAGAGCUCUGCUACAAUGUAAGAUUUUGGUGCUCUAAAACUUCUCUGAAGCCUUUGUUAAUUAAUAAGAUGGCCGACCGUCCAGCAUUAGCCGGGACGUCCCGUAUUUGAGCCAAAAGAGGCGCGUCGCUGCACGGGUAAAUGCUAAAGCUACAUGCUGCUCCGGAGGGGGAUUUUGUCCCCCGCCACCAAAGCGAGCGGCUAAAAUACGGGAGGAUCCGGUAAACCGAUGCGGAUCCGGUGUGUUUAUCAAAGCAUGGUGGCCGUGCUGAGGCACCGGGGGGAAUUUAGGCUAAACAGUAAGUCAAAAUGAAACGUUCAUACUUACAGAUGCCACGUUUGUAGUAGGAUCACGGAUAGUUGGUACGGAUCCAUUCUUUAUCUUCAGACAUCUAGCAAAUCCAGCGUUGAACUGUCCCUCGUUGAUAAAACAGUCCGAAGCAUAGACUGUAUAUAAGAUGGACAGCCUGGUUCCCCCUUCCGCCUGUAUAUGGAUUUGAAACCAAAAAGCUCUUGGUAAUUCCGGGUUUUUCUCCACUUCCUCGAAACCAGAGCUGCGCAGUAGCGUUGUACGCAGACGUUUUUGGCUGGGCGGGAGACUCGGCGAUGACGCUCCGCUCAAAAAGUUAUUUUUUUUCGGCUUAUCUGAAUAGCCUGAAUGAAAUUAUUAAAGGUACAUGCUUAUUAAUUCAUCCAAUGGUAAGGAAAACUUGGAUUGUUUUCGCCUUGUUAAGUACUUUCAAGGGGUGCAUUCUACGGCACAACACCGGCUCUGAGCACACAGUUCCUAAAUACGGAGAUAACUAAAAAACGACUGGAUGGAAUUUUUUCAAACUUGGAGGGAUUGUAGCGGUUUUCUAUCCCUGAUAUGCACCCCCCUCCCGUUAACAAAGUCAGUUUUUCAUGCCAUGGCCCCUUUAAAGUAACUACAUUAUGAUGGUUAAAUAACUGAAAUAAAAAAUAAUCUGUACAGCCCACUGCCCAGAUAACCACUCAGCCUUAGCCUUAAGAUACAACACUAAAAAGAGUCCUGAAAGAGGAAUUUCCCGAUCAUGUUGGCGAUUUUUUUUUUCUUCUGUCGAUGGUACAAUUUUAAACAUUAUUUUCAGUUUGAUGACUUCACUUUGCUGUGAAAAUUGACCCAACAACAAGAAUAUAAUUGGCCACCCAGUUUAGCUGAAGUUUAUGUGAGAUUCAUGGUAUAGGCAUGAAAUUGUGGCUCUUUUAAGAAAAAUAUAUGCCUUGUAUCCAAAACACUAUUCUUCUAUUUCAUAGGUUUGGAGUGGCCUGCACUUACUAUGGAAUCGGCUUAAAUGUGACAGGAUUUGGAGUUAACAUUUACCUCACGCAGUUCAUCUUUGGGGCUUCAGAAGUUCCAGCAAAAUUGUUUGUCUUUUUCUCCUUGGACAAAAUUGGCCGACGGUUAAUUCAGGCUGGAUCACUCUUUAUGACCGGACUGUGCAUCUUCUGCAACAUGUUUAUCCCUUCAGGUGAUCAAUUUAUGCCUGUCCUACUGGCAUUUAUACACUUCCAAUUUUGAUUUAUUUGGUACUGAUAUGAGAGAAAAGAUGUAACAAGUUAAACAUUGGAUAUAGUGCCUCUGACACCUUACCAAGGUGAGGAUUUGUAUAUGUUCACACAAUUCAAUUAUCUGUUUCUCAGAGGUUCCUCAAGCCUUAUCUUGUACUUAUGACAUUUUAACAGAAUUCACAGUUUUGCUCACAAACUGAAAAGUGAUUUUGAAUUGUGCCUCUUAAUUCUGAGGACAACAACAACAAAACAUUUUUGGUCUAUCACAGCUACUUGUUGUCUUACCCAGUUAAAGAAAAUUCUUGACCAUAGACAGCAAUAAUUUUGUAUGGCAGACAUGGAUUUUUCUUUAUUUAUGGACUGUUAUCUCAUGAUAACUUAUUUUGUUAUCUCGAUAUCACAAAGAUCAUUUUCUCAUGAUAAGGAAAAUGGCAUUUUAGCCAUCCCAAACGGUAACUUUUCAAACUGGCUAUAGAGUGGGAUAUUUCUGAAACGCUGAAGCCACAGUUGUCAACAGCAAGUCAGGGUUUUUCAGUGAAAACACUGACGUCACGCUCCACUUUGCAUAGGCACAUUACACUUUCAACGUUUGAACAUUCAACUACCAUGCGUUAAUCAGACAAUAACAGUUACAAUGGCAGACACUUUAUUAAUCAAUUCGUUACCAUGAGAAAACAAUGCUUGUUAUGUCGAGGUAACAAGAUAAUAAGUCGUUAUCAUGAGAUAACAGUGCAUAAAAAAAGAAAAAUCCAUGACUGUUCUCAUCUUCCCUAGUUUAGCGAGCUGUGGUGUAGUCAUUCUACACCCUGGUGAUUAAUGAUCCAGCUAUGGUCUAGUUGGUAAUGUAAAACUAGGUGAACCACAAUUACCCAGCUAAAAAUCAAAAUAAGAUACAUGUGCUCAUGCCUAUAAAAUAAAAAUUUCAUUUAGUUAUGAGAAAAUCCUAUGAGGUGUAAAGAGGCUUUGUCCAGAUUUAAAGUUAUUUUUUAUUCCAGAUCUGGGGAUAUUCAGGACUGCUGUGGCUGCUUUGGGAAAGAUGUUUUCAGAGGGAGCUUUUACAACCUUAUAUCCGUACACAACUGAGCUUUAUCCCACUGUAUUGAGGUCAAUGAAUUCUUUUAUACACAAGUUUUAACCGUGUACAUUUACAACCAAUGUUGACUCAGUUAAAGUUGUAUCCUGGUAAUCUUGUGUACUUUUGGCUUCACAGACAAAAUGGACUGGGUUUCUGCAAUGUUGCAGCACAAAUAGGCAUAUCAGUAGCACCUCUAAUUAUGGUUCUUGAAGAAGUAUGGGGCCAUUUGCCAGGUACUGUUUUUACCUUGUUGGCUUUUGUUUGUGGGAUGGCAACUCUAUGUCUUUCGGAUACAAGCAAAGUUCAUUUACCAGAGACUAUCGAGGAUGUGGAACAGACCAGGUAUUUGGAGCUUUGUUGGUACAGCAGACAUAAAUUUGAAUGAGAGUUUCAUUUAAAAAAUGAUGAAAAAAAAAAACGUCUUUUGUGUUUCAGGAGAAGAUCAAUCACCUCAUCUGAAGAAAAAUCCCCGCUGUGAACGAUCUGUAAUCACAACCGAAGUGUUGAUCUGUUAA